UUUAUGUAUUUGUAGGAAAUAUGUUCUCUGUGCUUUUGACUGUUGCUGCCUUAAUUGGCAGUGCAACUGCAUCUGGAUGCUAUGGCAAUAUCCAAAAUGUUCCUACCACAGGAGCCACGUGUCAAACUGCCAAGCAAGACAAACUGACAUACUGUGGUGAAAGAGCAUCACAACGCAUGGCAGAGACUGACCUCAGAAACAUGGAAAAAUAUAAAACAAUAAUAAAAUCUGUGGCUUCAAAACUGUGCGUGGAUGCAGCUCUCAUUACUGGAAUCAUAUCUCGUGAAACACGUGCUGGGGCUGUUCUGAAAAAUGGAUGGGGUGACCGCGGCAAUGGGUUUGGUCUAAUGCAGGUUGACAAAAGAUACCAUACACCUCGUGGACAGUGGAACAGUGAAACACACAUUUCCCAGGCCACACAAAUUCUAGUUGACAUGAUCAAAGGAGUUGGUAAAAAAUUCCCAAGUUGGUCAACUGAGCAACGGCUGAAAGGCGGAAUUGCAGCAUACAACGCUGGUGUUGGAAACAUUCGUAAUACUGAUGUAGACAGUCGCACUACAGGAAAAGAUUAUGCUAGUGAUGUUAUUGGAAGGGCAAAAUUUUUCAGAGGUCGCGGAUACUAAAUUCUUCAAGAUAUUAUAAUCCACUGCAACAUUUAGACAAUACUGUGUAAACUUUUGCUAAAACUAAACAUUUAAUCAAUAAAUUAACUAAUUCAGCUGCUGAAAUAUAAUUAUGACUAAACAAUCUCAAUCUUAUGUUUGUUACAACCCCUCAUGCUUCAAUAAAGGUAUUUUAAGUUA